CACACAUUCUAAAAAUAGCUCAUUUUCAGAAACAAGCGACCUACAUGAAUGUACUAUUUCUUAGAAACGCUGAAAAGAUUCCUUUGCUUUCGUUUUAUAAAAUACGUUCGUGCUUAGGUCAACUCAAAACAAAAAAGGAUACUUAACGACUGGCACAUUUCAAACUAUGGAGCUGUACAGACCACAUGGCAAAAACCAUUUAACAAACGAUGAUGCAUGGUCGUGGUUAAAAAAAGCUGCCCUGCCGUUAGUAGUUGCUGGAGCCUCGGUUGUUGCUGCCCCUCUCGUUCUGUCGGCUGCAGGAUUUGGUGCUGGGGGCAUUGUAGCGGGAUCCUUGGCAGCAAAAGGGAUGUCCGCAAUUGCAAUGUCGAAUGGCGUUGGCGUCGCUGCCGGAGGUUUUUUUCGCGGCAUGCCAGUCAGCGGGAGCGGUUGGAAUAGCCGGAAGUACACUUGCGGGAAUCGGGGUGGCAACUGGAACAGCCACAUUUGCUGUACAGGAAGGAAUCCUUCGCAAUGAAAAGAAGCUCAACACAAUUCAUGGAAACAAUGGUGGCACAGAUGAUGACGAGGAAUCAGAAAAUGAGGACGAAAAAGGAAGUGACGCUUUCUAUUUAAUUAAUAAGUAAACAAGAAAGAUAUUGAAUAAUGUCACAGGAUCUGGCGCAUAUUUUGUUUAUUUCGGUUAUAUACAACAAUAACAGUUUUAUCACAUGACGUUGCCUGUUUCGAGUGUAAUAUUAUCACUUUUCCCUACUAGUCACGCUUUGUUCUGAAUGAUUACUUUAUCUUUGGCGACAAAUAUGCUAUGUGAUAAAUAUAAUCUCACAUGAGUUUAAAGCAAAAUACAUGUUAAAGAAACUUGUAACAGUAAAGAUGUACAGCGAGCCUUAAGUGUCAUGUAAGGUUCUAUAUGAGGACGUAAGCAAUGUUGCUUUGUAUCCGCGUGUAAACGUUUGGCUUCUCAUUGUAUUAAAUGCCUUAUAUGUUAAAAGAUUUAUUUCUGUUACAAUAAAAUUAAACAUUUCAA